AUGGAAGUGUGGCCGAAGGCUUUACAGUCACCCAAAGACGCUGACGACGAUGAUGGCGCGAGGAAAGGAGGCAAUCACUCAGAAUACCUGAAGAAAAAAUUCAGGAAAAUGUGUUGCCCGCCUGCUCACCGAACAGCGGAAGUUUUCACAGCCAUACUCGUCAUUGGGCUGCUGUGGUGUGGACUGCAUGCAAUCACGUAUUCCAGCAAAUAUAUGCUUCCCGGUGGCCCAGGUUUCGCCUUGUUCGCGCUCUUCAAAUUCUGCCUCGUCGGUGGCUCUCUCGUCGAACUUCUGAAUCUGCCUGGACUCCUCGGGAUGCUUUUGGUUGGCAUCAUGCUUAAGAAUCUUCCCGGCGUCACGACUGCGCAAGAGUUGGAUCCGGUGCUGAGCUCAAAACUCCGUUUAACAGCUCUCCUGGUUCUUCUGACGCGUGCAGGAUUGGGACUUGACGCAGAUGCUUUGAAGCGCCUGAGUUUGGUUGUGCUUCGUCUGGUAUCCAUUCCAUGCGCUGUGGAGGCCAUUGUGAUAGCUGUCACGUCCAGAUUUUUCAUGAAUCUUCCCUGGGGUUACUCUUUCAUGCUCGGCUUUGUAAUCGCUGCGGUGACGCCGGCCGUUGUGCUCCCGUGUAUGCUCAGUGUACAAGAACGUGGUCUCGGUGUGGAUGAAGGCAUACCGACGCUAGUGAUCGCGAGUUCGUCAGUGGAAGAUGUUCUAGUAAUCAGUGCCUUCGGGGUUUUGUACGGGAUUACGUACUCGGAAGGUGGACUCCUCAGGCAGGUUGUUCAAGGUCCUUGUGAAGCGCUCGUUGGCGCUGUUUGGGGCGUGAUUUUCGGUGUUGUGCUGUGGUUCAUUCCGGCGAAAGAUUCUUCGUGUGUGGUGAUGCUUCGAUGCUUGUUGUUGGUGUUAGCGGGAUGUGCAGCGUUAUUUGGUGGACCAGUGAUUGGAGCCGAAGGCUUCGGUACUUUCGCAGCAUUGGUUUGUGCGUUUGUCGCGGGAUGUGGUUGGAAGGAGGACUGGAUCAAGCUCGGCCACGACCCCGUUUCCAAGUUUUUCUCUGAAGUUUGGUAUGUGUUCCAACCGCUCUUGUUCGGGCUCAUCGGUACUGAGGUGGACAUGAAGCAGAUGGAUUGGGGUACGAUCAACACGGGGCUUGCCGUGAUCGCCUGCGGUUUAGUGUGUCGAUUCUUCACGACAUUCUUGGUGGUGAAAGGAGUCGGUUUGAACACUAGAGAGCGAGCGUUUAUAGCGAUUGCCUGGUUGCCAAAGGCCACUGUUCAAGCUGCCCUCGCACCGGUUGUUCUAGAUCACGGAAAAUAUCACAACUUGUCUCCUGAGACGAUUCAUCACGGAUCUGAAAUUUUAACAGUGGCCGUGCUUUCCAUUUUGUUGACUGCGCCGUUGGGUGCAGCAGCAAUAAUGCUUUCGGCCCCGAAGUUGUUGAAAUCGAAUCAGGGAGAGCCGGAUGUUGUCUUUGAUCCGGAUCCUCCAGUGAAUGAAGGACAGCGUCGAACCGCUGUUUGA